AUUGUUUUCUAUGUGUGUGUCGGCUUUAGAAAUUUCUAUGUACAUUGAAAGUUAAACAUGAAAAGAUGAAGAGGAAAGAGAGAACAUAUAAUGCAUAUACAAUAUUUCUUUUGGGACGAACAAAUUGCAACCAGACUAAGAGAGGAGGUAGCAAGGUGAAGAAGUGCAUGGCAAACUUUGGUUUGAUGAUGAUGUUUCGGAGUCAUCUAGUCUUUCUUGUGUUGUCGUUGGUGGCCAAAGCUCAAGCUGCUAAUGGAACUCUUCCCCAUGAUGAGGUGGAAGCCCUUCGUGAAAUAGGUGAACAACUGAAUAAGAAAGACUGGAAUUUCAGCGAUCCCUGCAGCAAUAUCCCAACAAUGGCCACCCCACAUACCGAUGAAUACAACAACACGGUAGUCUGCAAUUGCUCCUUCCCUGCCAAUCAGUGCCACAUCCAGAGCAUUUUCCUCAUGGGGCAGGAUCUCGAUGGCGUGCUUCCACCAUCACUAGCAAAGCUAACUUUCCUCAAGGAUGUUAAUUUGGGCCAGAACCAUCUUAGCGGUUCUAUACCACACGAGUGGGCUUCUACAAAGUUGGAAAUACUGGUCAUCAGUGUAAACAAUUUAUCUGGACCAAUCCCUGCCUAUUUGGGAAACAUUACUACUCUCAGAGAGUUGGCCCUGGAGAGCAACUUGUUUUCAGGAACUAUUCCACCUGAGUUUGGAAAAUUGGUUAACUUGGAGACUCUCUUUCUUAGUGCAAACAAUCUCACAGGAGAAUUGCCUAAUACUCUUCGCAAUCUGACCAAAUUACUGGUCCUUAGGAUUAGCAGCAACAACUUCACUGGAAGAAUCCCUGACUUCUUUCAAAGCUGGAAAUCACUUGAGAAAUUAGAGAUGCAAGCAAGUGGUUUUGAAGGACCCAUUCCUUCUAGUCUUUCUAUUUUGAAUAAUUUGACGGAAUUAAGGAUUAGUGACCUAAAUGGUGAGAGUUCAGAUUUUCCAGAUUUAGAAAACAUGAAAGACAUGCAGAUACUGAUGCUAAGGAGCUGUAAUAUAAAAGGAAGCUUCCCUGAAUAUAUAUCUACUAUGAGAAGUCUUAGAAAUUUGGAUCUUAGCUUUAACAGACUGGAAGGGACGAUUCAAAAUUUUGCUGAUUUAGUGCAAUUGGACACAAUAUAUCUGACAAGUAACUUUCUCACUGGGGCUAUACCAGAUUGGCUCAAAAGCAGAGAUAGUCGCUACCAAAUAGAUCUUUCUUACAAUAAUUUUUCUGAGAUUUCUGUUCCACCUACUUGCCGAGAAACCUUCAAUUUGUACCGAAGCUUUUCCAGACAGAACAAUUUGAUUUUGAGCAAGUGCCUGAAUUCAUGUUCAAAAGAACAUUAUUCAUUGCAUAUAAAUUGCGGAGGACAACAAACCACCAUUGGAAGCAUCACUUAUGAAGGGGAUGAAGAUACAGGAGGUGCAGCAAAGUUUUUCCACAAUAACACAGCAAACUGGGGAUUUAGUAGCACUGGUGAUUUCUUGGAUAGGAGAAGUACCCAAGAUGAUUAUAUAGCAAAAAAUAUGUCCAUACUAAGAAUGAACAAUUCCAAAUUGUACACAACUGCACGCGUUUCUCCUCUUUCACUCACAUAUUAUGCUCAAUGCCUAGUCAAUGGAAAUUACACGGUGACACUUCACUUUGCAGAGAUAGUAUUAAGAGACAAUAUAUCCUAUUUUGGUGUUGGAAGACGAAUGUUUGAUGUUUAUAUUCAGGGAAAACUGGAGCUGAAGGAUUUUGAUAUUGAAAAGGAAGCUAGUGGAGUUGAUAAGGAAGAGAUUGUAGUACGUAAAACAGUUGUUAAUAGUAAUACUUUAGAGAUUCGCUUCCAUUGGUCUGGGAAAGGUACAACAAAUGUUCCUAAGCGAGGAACAUAUGGUUCUCUUAUAUCUGCCAUCUCAAUAGAGUCUGAUUCCAAACCUCCUAAUGAAAGCAAAAAGACGAUGUAUAUUGUGAUUGGAGGUGCUUUGGUUUUAUGCCUAAUUUUCAUAACUAUAGGCAGUCUUUGGUGGAAAAGCUUUUUCAUUGGCAAGACGUCAAGAGAAGAAGUUCUGAGGGGAAUAGAUCUUCGAACUGGUUUCUUUACAUUCAAACAAAUCAAAGCUGCCACUAACAACUUUGAUGUUGGAAACAAGCUUGGGGAAGGUGGAUUUGGAUCUGUCUACAAGGGUUUAUUAUUAGAUGGAACAAGUAUAGCAGUUAAGCAACUUUCUUCAAAAUCAAAGCAAGGAAAUCGUGAAUUUGUAAAUGAAAUAGGCAUGAUUUCUGCUUUGGAACACCCAAAUCUAGUUAAACUGUAUGGAUGCUGUAUUGAAGGAAAACAAUUGAUUUUGGUAUAUGAGUACAUGGAGAACAAUAGUCUUGCACAUUCAUUGUUUGGUCCUGAAGAAGGUAAAUUGGAAUUGGACUGGUCUACCAGGCAGAAAAUAUGCCUUGGCAUUGCAAAAGGUCUGGCUUUCCUGCACGAGGAGUCAACACUAAAAAUUGUGCACAGAGACAUUAAGGCUUCAAAUAUACUGCUUGAUAGGGAUCUUAACCCUAAGAUUUCUGAUUUUGGUCUGGCCAAAUUGGAUGAAGAGGAGAACACCCACAUUAGCACCAGAGUUGCUGGAACUAUAGGAUACAUGGCGCCGGAAUAUGCUUUGUGGGGUUAUUUGACUGAUAAAGCAGAUGUUUACAGUUUUGGUGUUGUUGCGUUGGAACUUGUGGCUGGAAUAAAAAACACAAAAUUUCACCCACAAGAGAAUUAUGUCUGCCUUCUAGAUUGGGCCCUUGUUUCAAACCAAAAAGGAAAACUAAUGGAGCUGGUAGAUCCAAAGUUAGGAUCUCAGUUCAAUAAGAAAGAGGCAACUAGAAUGAUUAAAGUAGCUAUGUUAUGCACUAAUCCAUCACCUGCACUCCGACCUUCCAUGUCUGCCGUAGUGAGCAUGCUCGAAGGCCGAACCACUGUUCAUGAAUUGAUCAUGGGUCCAAAUAUUCAUGACUUACCAUUGACAAUUGGGGCCUUGGGAGACCAGUUUGAUCCUAUUGAAAACCAGAGUGAAAGUGAAGUACGGAAUCAUUCAUGGGAUGGAACAUGUGUUGGCUCUUCCUCUAUAUCCGUACGGGAUCCUUAGUCUUUAGUUAUCAGCAGCAGAAGCAGAAGCAAAUUUUGUUUCCAGCAUUGCAUAUUAAGGCUUGUUUACAAACUCCAUUCUCAACUUCGACUAUAAGUAAGAAAAUAGUUCAGUUGCAGUAUAUUUGUGUUGUAUAUCCCAAGAAUGAGUGGAAGAAUAUGUGAUACAUAUAACAGAAGCUGUAUGUAUCUCUGCCUCUGUCAUUGUAAUUGGCUUUAUUUGUUCUUGCUCUUUUAGAGCCACAGUAGGAUUCUCAAUUAAAUAAUUUUUUGUUUA